CAUGUCCCAACCUCCCACCCCAUCCCCCAAUCCCUUUCGUUUCAGCUGGUAUCUUUCUGAGUUUGAUGACUCCGAAUGAGCAGAUACAGUGAUGGGAGUCCAUGCGCCUUUCAACGCCGUAGCCAUGAAGCAGCUCAAAGGGUAGGGUCUGCCGUGAGCUCGCCUCACCCUACCCGCCCAACCACCCCAGAGUCCCAUAUUGUAGCAUACUCUUGCCACCCUGCGCCUCUUCUUCUUCUUUCUUCAUAACACCCCCCCACCCACCCACCAGCAGCACCUCCACCACGACCUCUGGAACAUGACGUGCAUCGCAAAGACACUGGUUGAUGUCUGAUAUAUAUACCGCUGUGGUGUCGAGUGUAAAACCAGUGGAGCAAUGAAUGGCGGAAAGGACUGCGAGGCGGGGGACGACAGGCAGGCCGUCCCUGUCCAGGUCCCAAUAGGCUGGCAGCGCAAGGCAGAGCAUGGCGGAGGGGUCGUGUAUGUAAGUCCCAGCGGCUCUGCGCUGUCCAGCUUGGAGCAGGUGAAGACCUACCUGCUGGCAGAUGGAACCUGCAAAUGCGGCCUGGAGUGCCCGCUCAUCCUCCACAAGGUGUUUAAUUUCGACCCUGGCGCAGCCGUCAAGCAGAGGACAGCAGAGGAUGUUAAGGCAGAUGAGGAUGUCACCAAGCUGUGCAUUCACAAGAGGAAGCUUUUGGCCGUGGCCACACUGCACAAGAGCAUGGAGACACAUCCACCUCUGUCACUGACCAGUCCAGGAGGAGGUACGUCAUCUGUGGUUGCUGUGCAUUCCACAACUCAACGAGCAAUAAGGACGAAGCCCCACGAUGGCCCGCCCAACGCUAUUGGCCCUGACUGCAAAAAUCCAUAUAAGAUGAUGAUGGUGGCUGGACAGCAACAUCAGCAGAGGUUGUAUCCACCUCAGGAUAUCAGUGGAAACCAGCAGCCAGAGCUGUACCCUGGAUACUCCAGGGGUCAGAGGCUGGGCAGUGGGGAGCCUGGUCCAAAAUCCCCUUACCGGGCCGGAUAUGGAAGCAUGCUAAGCCCACCUCCCUCCAGUGCUAAACUCUAUGGAGAUGGCUCUCAGUCUCCCAGUACAGACACUUUGGGUAGCCCUGAAGGCUUUCCAAGGACAAAUCCUUGUGGGUUUCCUGGAGCCAGUAGUCCCGGUUCAGCCUCCAUCCAUGGAAAUACGAGGACACCUCUUUCCCCACCAAGUGUCAUGCUCCAUGGCUCUCCUGCAGGACAGCCAUCCUGUGCCAUGACAGGGAGGACUAGCACGCCCCUCUCCCCAACGGCCACUGCCAAAAGCCCUGUCAUGAACAUGAGCAUACCACGGAGCAACUUUCCCCCUGGUAUGGAUAUGCCUCGUGCAGCUUUUCACCACAAAACGCAGCCUCCUGUGCAUCCCGUACCACCGCUGCCAUCCAUACCACCACCCUGUGCUCUUCAGAAAAGGCAAGUGACUUCUGAAAAAGACCCAUUAGGCAUCUUAGACCCAAUUCCCAGCAAGCCACUUAGCCAGCCCCCCGCCAAUGCCCCGACCCCAUCCAACUUCCAGCCUAAUAUCCACUCUCAGGUACCAAUGAUGAAUGUAAACAUACCCCCUCCUGCAAUUGUUCCCCUGCCAAGCAACCUACCUUUACCCACAGUGAAGCCCGGCCCUGUGGGGCAUGGUGGCCAUGUGCAAAGGACUCAACAGUGUGGUCCAGCCUCCUCCAUGCCACCCUCCCCUGUUACAUCCCCUGUCCAUAUGACUGGGCCAACGCUUGGGAGGAUGGAGGCCUCCCCUCAUCGCUCACGUUCAUCCUCCACCUCAUCGGACCAUGGAAACUUUGCAAUGCCCUCUGGGCACCAGGCCCCAUGUGGCACAAUGAAGGUUCCUCCUCGUUCCCCCAGGUCAGCCAUGGGAUCUCCCAGGCCAGCCAUGCCCUCCAGCCCCUCCACCAACAAAACCGACGCACUCCAUCAGUACAAAGACUCCCAGCUGAUGCAGGGAAUGGGGGUUCCCGUUGGCACCCAUCAGCACAGCAAUCCCAUGUAUUCACCCACCUCUUCAUCUGCAUCAUCAUCCUCUCUGGCAACCUCCAGCGCUUCCCAGAAGGGCCACCCAGGACUCCUUGGGAUGCCCCUAAACCAGAUCCUCAACCAACAGAAUGCCGCUUCCUUCCCAGCAAGCAGUCUCCUCUCAGCUGCAGCCAAAGCACAGCUAGCAAAUCAAAACAAACUCAGCGCUACUGGAAACAGCACUGCUGGCAUGGCUGGGGGUGGUGUUGGUAUGUCAGGCAUGGGAGCAGGUGGCGGAGGUAAUGGAGGGGGUGGUGGGCACCCCGGUUCUAUGAGCGGCCCUCGAGGCAUGGAGGGACACAGCACUUUAAACCCCAUGCUUCCACCAAACUCCACCAUGCUGCUCAACACUCCUGAAGGUCAGAGCGGUCGGGCAGCUCUUAGGGACAAACUCAUGGCCCAGCAGAGGGAUCCCACGCGCAAACGGAAACAGUCAUCUGGCGGCGCAGCAAACCACGACAACGGUAAUAGCAUGGCCUACAGUGUGCUCAACAAGCCGGGCGUGGGGCCUCACCACAUGCUCGGGCCAAGCGCCACUGAACAGCUGCGAAAAGUGGGACGGAUCGGAAACCUACACCCAAACACCUCAAUGGCCCAGCUCCUCCAAUCGAUGAGCUGCCAGAGUUCCCACAACGUAGCUGGGAACUGCCAUCGUCCAGGCCUUAGCCCCGGCCCUGGGUCUGGAACCCCAGGAACAGCACAGCUUCACUACAAUGACAGCACGGGCAUGGUGACCGGGGGGCCCCAACAGAACCUCCUGGUCCAGCAGAGGCUGCGUGGCCCGGGCGAUGCCAUGCAGCACUGCCAGAACAUGGAUGCUUCUGGGGGCCAUCUGGUUUCUCGUCCGGUCCAGUUCCCCGACAUGAUGACUCAGAUGCAGGUCUCCUCCAUGAGUAACUGUGGGCCGAUGGGACCAGGCGGUGGACCAGUGGGACCCGAUGGCAUGGCAUUGGUACGCUCCAACACUAACCCCCCACCGCUGUCCCAUCCCGGCCCACACCCCUCACAGCUUCAUAGUAUGGGGCGGACUAACAUGGUGGUGCCACAUGGAGGUGGUGACGGAAGCUGUAACCACACAGUCUCAGAUACAGGUGAGACAUCAGCACGAGAUGACACAAGUGCCAUUCUAAAAUCACUCCACCCGACCCUCCUAACCCCCCCCUCAUCCACCCACCCAACUCCCCCAACAAGCUUCCUGGCAGCGGACAGCACCACCAAUCAUCACUCGGUUCCCAUGGCAACCUCCCCCGGCAACAGCCGUCACUAUAUCAUAGCAGUAGCAGAGGAUGUUGGGAGGAAGGGGGAGGGGGUUGGCCGAGUCGUGGCUCUCAGCAUUGGAGAGGAGGAGGAAGGCAACUCAUCUAUGGGCUGUGGAAUGGGCCCCCGACAGCCACACCUCAACGCCGGCGGCGCUCAGAUGUACCAGCAGCAGGUCCAUCAGGGCCUGCAGCACCCAGCCUACCAGGGGCAGCAGCACUUUUCCAAUGACCCGCCCUACACAGACGGAAGCAGCGCCCCCGCGGGCUCCAUGGCCUGCCUCUAUCAGAACUACCAGCAGGGGGUGUUGCCGCACACACCGUUUGGGGAGGAACAACAGUCCCAAGGUGAGGCGCACCCGGGCGCCGGUUCUGACCGGGGGUCAGGCGGAGGCCCAGAGGUGGUGGAUGCCAUCUACAGAGCUGUGGUGGACGCCGCCAGCAAGGGCAUGCACGUUACCAUCACCACCACGGUGAGCGGAACCACACAGGCCAGCCCGGUGCCUGCUCUCAGCGCUAUGAGUGCCUUCACUGCCUCCAUAGGGGAGCCAGUCAACCUCCCUCAAGCAGUCAGCGCGGUCCUGCACGGCCAUCAAGAUGGCGAAGUGUUGGUCCAGCAGGCCAGGCCUAGGCUUAUGAGGCCGGGACGCGGCCAGAAGCUCAUGGAUCCAGGGAAAAGCACCCCAGACGGCCUUGAGGCCAACGACUACUUCAGAUCCCCUGGGCGUGGAACGCCAAGAGGGCAGUGGGACGGGGAGACGCAGCACGGGGGAGGUUUCGACUCGCACAGCAACAACAGCGCCUGGGGCGGCGAGGAGUUCCUGGAGUGCUCGACCCAAGUGAGAAGUAGUCCCUGCAUAGAAAGACCUGCCAGCCUGGCCCCUGCUGUACCGUGUCCCACUGAGGGGUCCAACGACCACAGCCUGGCCCUGGCCCACGAAAAGGCCUACCUGGACGAUGCCUAUCGGUUCAACAACUGCAGCCGGACGCCGGCUAACUACAAGGAACGUCUGGAGCAGACGGUGGAGCGCUGCGCCCAUAUCAACGGCUCCACUCCACACUUCACCACCCGGGGUUACGGCGAAGUCCUGGGGCCCCCCCGGCAGGAGCUGACGGGGGACGACCAGUCGCCCAGCUCCUCCACCAGCCUGGAGGGCCCCCUCGCCACAGCCAAAGACUACAGCCACUACAACGGCCACUUCAACGGGAUGGCGCCCAGCCCGUCGGACACAAAGAGCCUGAGCAGCGAGGAGGACCUGCGGCAGCCGGACUCCCCCUCGUCAGAGCUGCUCCACUACCGCUCCCGGACCUUCAACAUGGGAGAGCUGGUGUGGGGCCAGCUGAAGGGCUUCCCGCCCUGGCCCGCCAAGCUGGCUGGAGACGAGCAAGUGCACAGCGCUGCUAUGCAGCUGCGAGAGCAGGCCAAGGUAGAGCCGGAGAAGCUUAAAACACUAACCCACGACUUGGAGGCACUCGACCGAGCGGCCAAAAGGGGCUUGAAACCGGGGAAACUGAAUAAUCACUUGGAAGCUGCUAUCCACGAGGCCAUGAGCGAACUAGAUAAGAUGUCGGGCACUAUCCCGUCAAUGGAUCGACAGGUGAAGCUCCCUAAGCCCAAAAGGAGGAAGAUAUCCAGAUAACAUUGAAUGUGUCGGCCCAAGAACGUCCUCAAAGCCUUUCGGAAGACUUCAUCCGUUCAGCUUUGAUGCGAUCUGAGCUCUUUAACAGGUGCUACACACGGACUUUCAGUGGUACAUCUUUGUUCCCUGAUAUCAACUUGACUAUGACUGACCAGAGAAGGUGCUGGAAAUUCCAAUCACCCGAUACAGUUUUAACUGUAGAGAAAAACGAAAAAAGACAAAAAAAAGACUUUAAAACGGUUGCAAUUUGUCUACAGCUCACUGAAUUAACUAUUUUUUUCUAGUAUAAGAUAGCAAAAUAAACACAAAAAAAGCUACAAGCAUUACCUUACAUAUUUAAGAAAAAUAGACAGUCCAAAUAUUUCUGAUACAUUUUCAAUAUGUAUAUAGAUAAUCCUGAAAUUUCAUGCUAUUAAGAAUUGUAUGUAAAUAUUGUACAUUGUCAUGUACAAGCGUACCUAAUGCACAUUUUAUCUUUUAUUGUACAAAAACAAAGCAGAAGAAGUGUACCAAUGUCUUGGUUUCUAUUCAGAAAUGCGUCUGCGUACGGCCGCAUUAGAUAGGAGAAAUAAGAGUACAGCCUAAAGCUUUUAUAUGACGAACUGUAAUAUUUUCUUUCUUCUGCUUUAUGGGGGAGGGGGGGGGGGGCAGCAGCAGUGGACAAGCAUGAGUGUUUGAGUCCUCCA